AUGGAAAAGCUGGUUGAAGUGUCUGAACAAGAAAUUCGCAUAGAGUUCGCAUUAGGCUGCAAAUGUCGCACUGAUAUUCACAUUAAGUCGCUCUCUUCCACUUCCCCAGUAGCGUUCAAGAUCCAGACCUCGUCCCCUCACAAGUUCCUGGUUAACCCACCCAGUGGACUGAUUGCACCGCUCGCCUCCACCACUUUCCAAGUCGUCCUAAAACCCCAAUCCCACCUCCCCGAAACCUUUCCCCGCUCAACUUCCGACCGUUUCCUCCUCAAAACAGCUCUCGCACCUGAACUCACUCCCGAGUCGAGUCCUUCCGAGUUCAUUAACUCGUGGUUCAACUCAGCCCCCCACCUCACCACCUACCACAUCAAACUCAAAGUUUACUUCCUGGGUCCUCUUCUUUUGAGGCAUGCAGUCAGCGUUAGAGAUGUUGAAGCAGUCAGGAACCUAAUUAAACGACAAAGAUCAGUUGUUGCUGAGUUGUCACCUGGGGAAGCCGAGUCAUUGUACCGCGUCGCCACUCAGCUGGAUAAUACUAAUACUAAUAGCUCCAGUAGUAACUCGGACGACAUGGUGGGUUUACUUCUAGAAUCUGGAUUGAAAGUUGAUAAAUUCGCUGAAUCAGAUGAACUCAAAUGCGCGUCGAAGGGGUGGCGCGAUUUGCACAUAGCAGUGGCGUUUGAUCGGACGGACGAAGUUCAGAGAUUAUUAACGGGAAAGGAUCGAGUGCUGUUGGAUUGUAGGGAUAAGGAAGGGAACACGCCAUUGCAUUUAGCGGCGAGCAAAGGUCAGUUGGACAGUGCUAAGGUGUUGGUAAGUGCAGGGGCACAGGUGGACGCGAGGAGUAACGACGGCCGGACGGCUUUGCACAGAGCUGCUGCUAAUGGGGACCGUCGGAUGGUGGAGAUGUUUCUAGACGUGGGUGCUGACCCCACAAUUUCUGAUUUUGAUCUUGGCCGUUCAGCCUUUGAUGUUGCACGUGAUAAGGGGCACAAAGAGGUAGUUAAAAUACUUGAUCGUGGCGCAUCGGUGCUUAGUGCUGCAAGGCGCGGAGAGUUGGAUCUACUCGAGUCCCUACUCGAAAAAGGUGCAUCUUUGAGUUUCUCCGAUCAAUACGGUUUGACGCCACUUCACAUUGCAGCUAUUAAGGGACAUAAAGAUGCAGUAAUGAUGCUUGUUGAAUUUGGCGCUGAUUUGGAAAGCCAAGAUGCCGAAGGCCAUACGCCACUGCAUUUGGCUGUUGAAGGAGGCUCGGUCGAGAUUGUCCAAGUUUUGAUCAAUAGAGGAGCUAAUGUAAAUGCAAAGAGCAAGAAAGAGCCCAGAAGCAUCACUACCCAGCUGCAGCUAACGGCACCUGAUAUACCGCCACUGUCCACUAAGAUUGGGGUGUCGGUGGAGGAUUUGGUGGCACUGCAGUCACUCGACUUACCGGCUGAUUUGGCGGCACUGCUUCAAUAG